AUGGCCUCUCUGGACCUGCCUUACCGCUGUCCGCGUUGUGGGGAGCACAAGCGUUUCCGGAGCCUGUCUUCUCUACGGGCUCACCUGGAGUACAACCACACGUAUGAAACUCUCUACAUCUUGUCUAAGACCAACAGCAUCUGCGAUGCCACCAUCUUCCCCCUGCCGAGCGACGCCGGCCUCUUGAGCCCAGCCACCCGCCGGGACAUCUUCGAAAGCACCUCCUUCCAGGGCAAAGAGCAGCACCUCACUUGCGACCUCCUCACGGCCGAAGAGCUGGAGUCCUCCUCUUCUCCCGUGUCGUCCCGCUACUUCCACCAGAUCGAGAUCCCUCUGACGGACCUCUUCACCCGCAAAGCCAUGACUUCCUCCGCCGCGCCUCCGACGACCGCCGCCGCCGCAGCGACAGUAGCUGCGGUGGACGCAGCUUAUGAAGAAGGUUUAACCCGUUUGAAGAUCCGGGCUUUUGAGAAGCUGGAAGUCGACAAACGCUUGGAGAAGUUCACGGAAGAAGUGGAGCAGAAGAUCGCCUCCCAAGUGGGCCGGCUCCAGGUGGAAUUAGACCGUAAGACCACCGAGCUGGAGAAAGCCAAACAAGAGAGCCUCAAACUCAGUCGCGAGAAACAAGAACUUGAGGACCGGGCGGUAGAGCUCUCCCGCCAGGUGGACGUCAGUGUGGAGAUGUUGGCGUCCCUCAAGCAAGAUCUUGUCCUGAAGGAGCAGGAGUUGACCCGCAAGCAACAGGAGGUCAUCCAGAUCGACCAGUUCCUGAAGGAGACGGCCGUCCGCGAAGCCAACGCCAAAGUCCGCCUGCAGCAGUUCAUCGAGGAGCUGCUGGACCGAGCGGACCGAGCCGAGAAGCAGCUUCAGAUCAUCAGCAGCAGUUGUGGAACCACGCCGAAUUGUAGUUUGGGGCGAUGUAGUAUGCCGGGAUCCAAAAACACCAGCCGAGACAGAGACAAGCAUCCGAUGGCUGACACAACCCCACACAGCUCCUACACCGUGUCGAAUCAGAGAUCAUCGUCCAGCACCGGGGCCUCCAGCUGUGCCAAGGCUGUCUCCCAGAGUUCGGGCUGCUACGACAGCGACAGCCCCGAAGCCUAUCAUGGGGGUGAGAACAGCAAUGGGCCGUCCUACCAGUCUCGGGGUUCGGAGAGCGGCUUUGACCGGCCUGCCGGGGUGCGCAGCUCGGCUUUGCGCAGACAGGCGAUUCAGAAUUGGCACCGCCGGCCGUACCGGAACAGCACCGAGGGCGAGGAAGGCGACAUCUCCGACAUUGGAUCCCGGACCACUGAGUCGGAGGCCGAAAUGUGGGAUCCGGAACCCAGGGUGCCCGCUGAGGUCCAGCAGGUGAAUUUCUCCAGGCCAGGACACAAUUCCAGGAUGGCAGCCAGGUCCGAUGCUGGAAAGGGGGGACGGUCCGAGAGGGGAAACAACUCCCGUUCCAACGAGGUCAUCAGUCCGGAGAUCCUGAAAAUGCGGGCGGCUCUCUUCUGCAUUUUCACGUACCUCGACACCAAGACCCUGCUCAGGGCCGCGGAAGUCUGCAAGGACUGGAAAUUUGUGGCCCGGCAUCCCGCCGUGUGGACCAGGGUGUUGCUGGAAAACGCCAGAGUCUCCUCAAAGUUUAAAUUUGCAGAAAAGCUUACUAUGGCCAUAAGCAACUCCGGCGAGCCAUCUUUUACAGAAAACCAGCCGAUGGGCUGCCUCGAAGCAGGACUGGAGUCCUUACUCAAAGCUUCCGGGAGUAACCUCUUGAUCCUACGGGUUUCCCACUGCCCCAACAUUUUGACGGACCGCUCCCUCUGGCUGGCCAGCUGCUACUGCCGAGCUCUCCAAGCCGUCACCUACCGGAGCUCCACCGAUCCUGUGGGCCACGAAGUCAUCUGGGCCUUGGGAGCAGGUUGCCGAGAUAUCAUCUCUCUUCAGGUGGCACCCCUUCAUCCGUGCCAGCAACCCACCAGGUUUAGCAACCGCUGUCUGCAGAUGAUUGGGCGUUGCUGGCCACACUUGAGAGCGCUGGGUGUCGGAGGAGCCGGCUGCGGCCUGCAGGGACUGGCUUCCUUAGCCCGGAACUGCAUGCGUCUUCAGGUGCUGGAGCUGGACCACGUGACGGAGGUCAACCAAGAGGUGGCGGCCGAGGUGUGUCGGGAAGGCUUGAAAGGUCUGGAGAUGCUGGUCCUCACGUCCACCCCGGUGACCCCCAAAGCCUUACUGCACUUCAACAGUGUUUGCCGGAACCUGAAAUCCAUUGUGGUCCAAGUUGGGAUUGCCGAUUACUUUAAGGAACCAAAUAGUUCGGAGGCCAAGAAAAUGUUUGAUGAAAUGAUCAACAAACUCCAGGCGUUGAAGAAAAGGCCAGGCUUCUCAAAGAUUUUACACAUUAAGGUGGAAUCCGGUUGCUAA